AUGGCGUGUCCUUUCCUCCAGGAUCCAGUUGAUAUCGAAGCGCAAAUUAUUCGCAGAGCUCUUCGUCGCGAACGAGUAAUUAGACCCAGAUUAGACAUACUUUCAUUUCCCGAUGAAUUUCUCCGCGAACGUUACCGUUUUUCCUCGCAGUCAAUUAUAUACCUAAACAAUAUUCUUAAGCCACACAUUUCAAAUAUCACACAUCGUGGAUCAGCCCUCACUUCUUUGCAGACUUUAUGCAUUGCUCUCCGUUUUUUUGCCAAUAGAUCUUUUUUAUACAAUGUAGGAGACGCUGAACACCUAGGCAAGGCAACUGUAUGUCGGUCAGCCCGCAAAGUAUGCCUAGCAUUAAAACGGUUGUUGUACAAUUUUGUGGUGUUCCCUGGGCAUAAGCCUAUAAUGAACAUCAAAGAGGAAUUCCACAGAAUUGCAGGAUUUCCAAGAGUCAUUGGAUGCAUGGAUGGAACCCACAUUCCUAUUAAAGCACCUGCAGAAAAUGAAGAGGAUUAUGUAAACAGAAAAUCCUUCCACAGCAUUAACAUACAGAUCAUACAGACAACAGCCCCGGUUCUGGACCGCUUUGCUUGGGGGGGCAGUAAAGCACAGUCACGCUACAACCUGGCCCUCUGCAGAACAAGAGCAAGGGUUGAAAUGACAAUCGGGAUCCUCAAGGCCAGGUUUCAGUGCCUGCGGGGGCUCAGGGUCACCCCAGAGAGGGCAUGUGACAUUAUAGUGGCAUACUGGUGUGUGUUUGAUGAUGCCACAAGCAGCCUGGAUGAAUACACGGACACUGUGACCUCUUACAUCAGCUUUUGUGAAGACAUCUGUGUUCCCACCAGGACUCGCAUUAAAUAUAAUAAUGACAAGCCCUGGUUUAAUGCCAAAUUGAAACAGCUGCGCCGGUCUAAGGAGGUAGCAUAUAGAAGUGGGGAUCGGGCGCUGUACAACCAGGCAAGGAACACCCUAACCAAAGAGAUCAAGGCUGCAAAGAAGAACUACUCCAACAAGCUAAGCAGCAUGAUGUCCAAAAAUGAGCCAUCAACCGUCUGCAGAACAUCACCAGCUACAAAAGGCCACCUACACAGACAAUGGGAGAUCGUCAACUGGCUGCAGGUUUGA